AUGGCGGUAGAAAUAUUAUCUUCUAGAGUUUCUAGAGUUUUAGAGAGAGAGAGAUUAGAGAAACAACAACUCGGAACAACCGAAAUUAGACGGAGAACCUGUAGCCUAGCGAUUGACCUGUAUCUUCGUCUGUCUUCUCGUUCACUAACUCAGGUAUGGUUUUCGAAUCGGCGGGCGAAGUGGCGGCGCGAAGAGAAAUUGCGCACGCAACGGAGGGACAACCCGCAACACCCGCAGCAGUCGCAGCAGCAGCAGCAGCAACAGCAACAGCAGCAACAACAGUCCCAACAGCAGCAGCACGCCGGAGGGGUGAGCCUGGUCACCGCUGGCCAUCCGACACCACCACCGGCCUCGGGUAUUUUGGCUGGUCAACCACCGCCGCAAGCGCCGCCCUCUCCGCCUAGGAUACAUCAUGGUUUCGCGCCCACCGCCGUUUACCCCGGAAUACCCAGCAUGCCUGAUUCGUACAGUCCCAUGACGUCCAUGCCGAGUUUCACGAUGUCCGGCGGCGGCCAGCAGAACCAGCACACGACGAGCAGCAUGUCAUCGUUGUCGACGGGCGGUGGGAUGGGCCCGAUGGGUAUGAGCGUGGGCAUGACGGUGGGCCCUAGCCCGGGCGCGUGUCUUCAGCAACGCGACAACGGUUAUUCGUGCGGCGUCGCCCGUCCGCCGAGCUACGAACCCCUUCACCUCGGAUACGGGGCACGGCCCACGUGCAGCCCCACUCAGCCGUACCACACCGCGGGCCUGAACCAGUAUAAUCAGAACACCAGCUCGACCGGUUUGAUAUCGCCAGGUGUGAGCGUACCGAUCGCGGUACCAGGCCAGCCAGCACCAGACAUGGCGGCCCAAUACUGGUCGCCAAGGCUGCAGUGACCGUGGUGGUCAUCGGUGUCGACAUCCUCUCCGUAGGCUCGAGCUUCUUUGACUUAUACAUUAGUCUUAACAAACGGUCAGAUACGGUCAGGAACGCAAGGAGAAGACGUUCGAAAUCGAUGAAAAGAGCAGCCGUUGCAAUUCGUUCGAUCGGAUCGAUUCAUUUGUCCUCGACGAUUAUAUCGAUUGCCUUCGAUUAUCGAUCCAAGGCAUCGACCUCGUAAAAAUCGUUCGAAAAAAAAAAAGGAAUGGAGAAUAACGAGGAUGUUAGUGGAAGUUGUAAAAAUAAAAACGUCACAAAUGACGCAAAAUUUAUCGUAUGGGAGAAAAAAAAAAAAAUAA